AUGGGCCAUCCGCUCCUUGACAUGCAAGUGACCGGGUCAGAAGCCGAGGCCCUGCUCGACAAGUACGGACUGCAGCCCAACGACGGAAUCCGAGCGGAGGAUAAGCACAAGCAGAUAUACGACGAGAUUGCACGCGGCCAUUCAGUCACCUAUGUCGCUGGCGGAACCGCGAACGCUGCUCGAGCCGCUGCUUAUAUCCUUCCACCAAAAACGGUGGUGUAUACUGGUUGCACGGGCGAUGAUGCGUUGAAGGAGCAGUUGUCGGCGGCAAACGCACGCGAGGGCGUUCUGGAGUACUACGACGUCCGAAAGGACAUGGCCACUGGCGCUUGUGCUGUUAUUAUCACUGGGCAUCACAGAUCCAUGGUGACCUCCCUUCGCGCUGCAGAAUGUUUUGACCAAGCAUGGCUUGAGACACCGCACAUCUCGGCGCUUAUCGAUAGCGCGAAGGUCUUCUACAUGGAGAGCUACUGGCUCACUCACGAUGUGAACAGCCUUAUAUAUCUGGCUAACAAGUCAGCUCAAGAAGGCAAGACCUUCGUGCUGAACAUCUCUGCGCCAUUCGUUCCACAGUUCUACAAGUCAGAACUGGACCAGUGCAUGGCUGUCGCAGAUGUUGUCGUCUGUAAUGAAGCAGAAGCUCGCGCCUGGGCCGUAGCUGAAGGCGUGCAGACCGGCGACGUACUCAUCAUCGCACGCGCUCUUGCUUCGUUUCGGAAGACGAACACAGCACGGCCAAGAACUGCAAUCAUAACACAAGGCGCGCGCUCGACGGUUGUGUAUUCGUCUGACUGGGAUGAACCAAAGGUCUACCCCGUGCAUCCAGUCGAGGAGAGCCAGAUCGUCGACACAAACGGGGCAGGCGAUGCGUUUUUAGGCGGCUUCUUAGCCGCGUACGUACUCGGAAAGCAUAUAGACAUCUGCAUAGACGUGGCGCAUAAGAUGGGCGCCAUGACGGUCCAGAUGGUCGGUCCACAGUACAAGUGGCCCAAAGUAUCGAUUCUCUCGGAGUGA